CUCCGACUUAAUAUCAGUAUUAUUGGUAGCUGAGCAAAAUAAUGACCUUUUGAUGAAAAAUCAUAAUCUGAGACCCACUGGUUCUAGUCCUUCGAUUUAUGGUCCAACUGGCCAUAAUUUAGUCACUGAAUCAAAUGCAACAUACAGUGGCAGUAGAAGGCAUUUUAAACGUGGGCAUUUUAAUGGUCAUAAAAACAAGUCACACCGAGAAUAUAAACAGGUCAAUAGACCAAAUUAUAAGGGCAAGGGCAAACAAAAGGCCCAUCAAAUAAAUCGCCGUCCAAAACCCUCGGUAAAGACGACUUGUUAUAAAUGUGGCAUGACGGGGCAUUGGGCUAACAAAUGCCGCACUUCAAAGCAUCUGGUGGAAUUAUUUCAAGCUUCCAUGAAUUUGAACAACGGCAAAAAUAUGGAAGCUAAUUAUGCCAACGACACGACUCCACCUCUGCCAAAAAUUGAUGUGUCCGACUUUUUCGCGGAUGAUGCCAUUAUGGACGAUGCUUUUGCAAUAAACCAAAAUGUCACAAAAUAAAAUAUUAGACUCCGAUCCUUAUGUUGUAACAUAUUAGUUUUAUGUAUUUUUUCUU